AAGCAGCAAACUGAGAGUCGCUGCACAGACGAAGAGACGCCUGAUGAUAACUGAACAACUUCAUGGAUGACAUCAUGACCUCCACAGACGACAUCAUAACUGCAAUGACAACAGAGGACCCUUCCUUCUUCAGCGCCUCCACCACUGAGGAUGCUGAGUACGACUAUCCCGACCUGAUGUGCGACCGCUCGUCAGUGCGGGAGUUCAGGAGUCGCUACGAGCCACCGCUCUUCUGGAUGAUCGCCAUCGUGGGUGGACUCGGGAACCUGGUUGUGGUUUGGAUCUACCUGCACCUCCGGCGGCGGCUGAAGACGAUGACAGACAUGUACCUGCUGAACCUCGCGGUGGCCGAUCUUCUGUUCCUGGUCACGCUGCCGCUGUGGGCGGCCGAGGCGUCACACAGCUGGAUCUUCGGUACCGUCCUCUGCAAGCUGAACUCCGCCCUCUACAAGGUGAACCUGUUCAGCAGCAUGCUGCUGCUCACCUGCAUCAGCGUUGACCGCUACAUCGUCAUCGUGCAGACCACCAAGGCGCACAACUCCAAGGUGGAGCGCCUCCGCUGCAGCCGGCUGGUGUGUGCGGCGGUGUGGCUGCUGGCGCUGAUGCUCACCACACCUGAGCUCGUGUUCGCCGCCCCGGCCAGGGUGGACUCGCAGGAGUACUGCCGGAUGGUGUUCUCACCUGAGGUGGGGAACCGCACCAAAAUCUUGGUGCUUUCGCUGCAGGUGAGCGUGGGCUUCUGCCUGCCCUUCAUCGUCAUGGCCUUCUGCUACAGCGUCAUCGUCGCCACGCUGCUCAAGACCCGUAACUUCGAGAAGCACAAGGCCAUGCGUGUCAUCCUGGCCGUGGUGGUGGCGUUCGUCGUGUCGCAGCUGCCCUACAACGGCAUGCUGGUGAUGGAGGCCAUGCAGGCCACCAACAUGACCAUUACGGACUGCGAGCAGGUGAAGGCCUUCGACAAGGCCGGCCAGGUGCUGAAGAGUCUGGCCUACGUGCACGCCUGCCUCAACCCCUUCCUCUACGUCUUUGUGGGCGUGCGCUUCCGCAAAGACGUGAUGCAGCUGCUACGCUGCUGCCGGCCGCUGGCCAUCAAGAGCCAGCCAAGCAAGAGCAGCCGGAGCCCGCUGAGCUCCACCAGAGCCUCGGUGAUGUCGGACAGCGACACCUCGCAGGGCCUGUCGCUGUAGAGACGCAGCGCCUCCACUUCCUGCUUCACUCGGAAGAGUGAAGUUUCUCAAAAUAAAGGCCAGAUGGUAGAGCUGGGGCUGUUUUCAGAGCAACUUAUACAGUUUUAUACAUUUUUGUUUUUUUCAGGUCAGCAGUCAACAAAACGUAACCAUGAAGUCCUGGAACAGGAAUUUAUGUGAAGCUUAUCUGACCGUUGAUCAGGACACGGUUUCAGGUCUUUUCAUGUAUUCAGGAUUCUUUGAGAAUGUUUUUUCAAGAUUUUUCCAGGACUCUCUCAGGACUUCAACUAGUUUUUCAAGACUUUCGCGGGACUUUUUCUGAUUUCAGGACUUUUAGGGGACAAAGACUUUAACACUUUUCCAGAACUUCAUAAAGAUCUUUUCAGGAUUUUUUCAGGACUUUUAUGUUUAACUCUAUGGAAUCUUCCAGGACAUUUUCCAGACUUUUCCAGGACUUGCCUGUACAGUGAAUGUAAAGCUCUUUCCAUGCACAUGAAGUGUAAUUUUUAGCUGCUGUAAUUGGAGACUGAUUGGUCAUGUGACUUCUGUUUUGUCAUGUUUACUGUGUUGCAUCAUCAGGUUUGAACAGGAUCAUAUCAAACUGAGCCAAGACUGUGAUCCACGCUUCAUUUUGCUGUUUGCCUCCGUUCCUGUUACCACCUCCAUCUGUGCUAACAGAGGCUAGCUCGUGCUAACACAUGCUAACAGGACCUCAGUCUCCAGAUGUUUUCUGAUGCUGUGUAUAGUUUUCUGGUCGUAUAUAUGAACCUGUAUCUGAGUGUCACGCUGACGUAAAUGUAAAUGUAUUUGUGUGUUUAGUCACGAGGAAUAAAGUGUGUAAACGUGA